GGUCUUUUGCGGGGACUUGGGAAACGAAGUCACGGACGAAGUCCUCGCGAGUGCCUUCCGCAAGUACAAGUCCUUCGACAAGGCCCGCGUCGUUCGCGACAAGAGAACGGGAAAGACCAAGGGCUACGGCUUUGUGUCCUUCACGGACCCCAACGACAUGCUGAAGGCGCUGAAGGAAAUGAACUACAAAUACGUCGGCAACAGACCCAUUCGGGUGCUGCGCAGCAAGUGGAAGGAGAGGGAAAUCGACUCGCAGAAGAACAAACAACUUGCAUCUAUCGUUUCAAAAGUGGAAAAGAAUGAUUCGAAGACGCUUCGAAAGUUCAAAAAGCUCGGCGUCAACAUCAACGGAGGCAAAGCCGCGAGGAACCACGAGAUCUUGGCGAGCCAGGCGCCGAAGAUCAGGAAGAACUACGUGCCCCCCGUGGCCUACGGCCGCAUGACUUACCAGUACAUCAAGGGCGCUGCCCCCGCCCUCCCGGCUCCAGCGCCCGGCACAGGAGCUUCUUCACACUUGCUGGACGACAUUUAA